GUUGCGGUGAGGUCAUAAUUUAAAAAAUAAAAAAAAUAUAUAAAUAUUAGAAAUAAAGGAAGAAAGAAUAAGUGUAAGAUGAUAAGAAAAAUACUUCAAUAAUAUAUUAUCCUGCCUUACGCUAUAAUACCUCAAUUUUAUAUUUGACUUGUGUAUCCCAUUUAGCAAGAGUUUCAGACUCAGUCUUGUGAUCCAAUUUGCAAAACAAUAGAAGAAAUGGCCUUAGCUAUGGUGGGAGAGGCACUUAUCUCUGCCUCUGUGGAUAUCUUAUUAAAAAGGAUAGCUUCGAGAGAGUUUCGAGAUUUCUUCUCCACCAGAAAGCUUAAUGUUUCUGUGUUGGACGAGUUGAAGAUAAAGCUCUUGGCACUUAACGCUGUGCUCAAUGAUGCUGAGGAGAAGCAGGUCACUGAUCUUGCAGUGAAGGCAUGGCUUGAUGAGUUGAAAGAGGUUGUCUUAGAUGCUGAGGACUUGUUGGAUGAAAUCAACACAGAUGCUCUAAGAUGCAAGUUGGAGGGAGAUUCUAAAACAUUUGCUACCAAGGUCAGAUCCUUGUUUUCUUCUCGCUUUAAAGGUCUCUAUAAGAGCAUGAAUUCCGAGCUUGAAGCAAUAUCCGGAAGGCUAGAACAUUUUGUGAGACAAAAAGAUAUUCUUGGCUUGCAAAGUGUUACUAGGAAAGUCUCUUAUAGAAAAGUUACAGAUUCGUUGAUUGAAUCUGUUGUGAUUGCUAGAGAGGAUGACAAGGAGAAGCUACUGAACAUGCUUCUAUCUGAUGAUGAUGUCAUCACUAAUGAUAUGGAAGUGAUCACAAUAUUGGGUAUGGGGGGUCUUGGAAAAACAACCCUCGUUCAGUCUCUUUAUAAUGAUAGUGGAGUGAGGAAGCAUUUUGAUUUGGCAGCUUGGGCAUGGGUUUCAGAUGAUUUUGAUGUUCUCAAGGUGACAAAGAUGAUUGUUGAGUCUCUCACCUUGAAAGAUUGCCAUCAUAUUACUAAUCUUGACCUUCUUCGUGUUGAAUUAAAGAACAGUUUAAGAGAUAAGAAAUUUUUGCUUGUGCUUGAUGACCUUUGGAAUGAAAAGUAUAAUGAUUGGCAUCAUCUAGUAGCACCAUUUAGUGGUGGGAAAAAGGGAAGUAAGAUCAUCGUGACAACUCGACAACAAAGAGUUGCACAGGUGACACAUACCUUUCCCAUUUAUGAGCUGAAACCUCUUACUGAUGAAAAUUGUUGGCACAUACUAUCUAGGCAUGCAUUUGGAAAUGAAGGUUAUGAGAAAUAUCCAAACUUGGAAGAAAUUGGUAGGAAACUUGCAAGAAAAUGCAAUGGACUGCCAUUGGCUGCUAAAACGCUGGGAGGUCUUUUGCGAUCAAAUGUUGAUGUUGGGGAAUGGAAUAGAAUUCUGAACAGUAAAUUGUGGGCACAUGAUGAUGUUUUACCAGCUUUACGCAUAAGUUAUCUUCAUCUUCCGGCACAUUUGAAGAGAUGUUUUGCCUAUUGCUCAAUGUUUCCGAAGCAACAUUUGUUGGAUAGGAAAGAAAUGAUUUUGUUAUGGAUGGCUGAAGGUUUUCUUCAACAUAUCCAUGAAGAUAAAGCAAUGGAAUUGGAAUCAGCAGGUGAGGAUUGCUUUAACGAAUUAUUAUCUAGAUCCUUAAUUCAAAAAGACAAUGCUAUUGCAGAGGAAAAAUUUCAAAUGCAUGACCUCAUCUAUGAUUUAGCCAGACUUGUAUCUGGAAAAAGUUCCUAUAACUUUGAAGGAAGUGGGAUUCCAAAAACGGUUCGCCAUUUAUCAUUUAUUAGAGAGAUGUUUGAUGUCUCCAAAAAGUUUGAGGGUUUGUAUGAGCUGAAGUGUUUGCGAACUUUUCUACCACAAUUGGGAUAUCCAUUUGAAGAAUGUUACUUGACCAAAACGGUAUCACAUGGUUGGUUGCCAAAACUAAGAUGCUUGCGAAUAUUGUCGUUGUCUAACUACAAAAAUAUCACAGAGCUACCCGAUUCAAUUGGCAAUUUGUUGCUCUUGAGAUAUUUGGAUCUUUCCUACACUUCCAUCGAAAGCUUACCCAAUGAAACAUUUAUGCUUUACAAUUUGCAAAGUUUGAUAUUAUCUAAUUGUGAAUUUCUUAUUCAAUUGCCACAACAGAUAGGAAAUCUGGUUAAUUUGCGCCACCUUGACAUCAGUGGCACUAAUUUACUUGAGAUGCCGGCACAAAUCUGUAGACUACAAGCUCUUCAUACUUUGACAGUUUUUAUUGUUGGAAGACCAGGUGGAUUAACUAUUAAAGAUUUAAGAAAUUUUCCUUGUCUGCAGGGUAAGCUUGCCAUUUUUAACCUACAAAAUGUUGUUAAUCCAAUGGAUGCAUCUCGGGCCAAUUUAAAGAACAAAGAGCAAAUUGAGGAUCUUAUGCUGGAAUGGAGCAGUGAUCCACAUGAUCCACAAAUUGAAAAAGAUGUACUUGACAAUUUGCAGCCAUCAACUAAUUUAAAGAAACUCAACAUUAAAUAUUAUGGUGGUACUUCAUUUCCAAAUUGGAUUGGAGAUUCUUCAUUUUCAAACAUCACAGUCCUUGGUAUCAGUGAUUGCAACCAUUGCUUGUCACUUCCGCCAUUUGGACAACUACCUUCCCUCAAGGAGCUUGUCAUCAAAAGGAUGAAAAUGGUGAAGACAGUUGGUUAUGAGUUCUAUUGCAGCAACGAAGGCUCCCGGUUGUUUCAGCCAUUUCCAUCAUUGGAGAAUCUGGAAUUUGAGGAUAUGUCUGAGUGGCAGGAGUGGCUACCAUUUGAAGGUGAAGGAAGCAACGCUCCUUUUCCUUGUCUUAAACGCUUGCAUUUAUAUAUGUGCCCCAAGCUGAGAGGAAUCUUGCCCAAUUGUCUACCUUCACUGACAGAGGUUAGUUUCUCAGAGUGCAACCAGCUAGAGGUAAAAUCAUCUGAUUUGCACUGGAAUACAUCAAUGGAUGUAAUAAAUAUUAGAGAGGGACAAGAAGGCUUGUUGUCUAUGCUUGACAACUUCUCUUAUAGUGAACUAUUGAUUGAAAAGUGUGAUAGUUUGCAGUCUGUGCCUAGAAUAAUACUCGUUGCAAAUUGUCUUGGAAAGUUAACUCUUUCUAAUAUCCCAUCUUUGAUUUCCUUCCCAGCUGAUGGUUUACCCACAUCAUUGAGAUCACUGAGCAUUUGGAAUUGCAGAAAGUUAGAAUUUCUAUCUCAUGAUACAUGGCACAAAUUUAAAUCACUUGAAAAACUAAGAAUAUGGAAUAGUUGUCGUUCCCUGACAUUCCUUUCGUUAGGUUGUUUCCCUGCCCUUCAAGAACUUUAUAUCCGUUUUAUUCCAAACUUGGAAGCAAUUACUACUCAAGGUGGAGAGGCGGCUCCUAAAUUAGUUGAUUUUAUUGUCACUGAUUGUGAGAAACUUAGAUCAUUACCAGAUCAGAUUGAUCUCCCUGCCCUUGAACACUUGGACCUUUCUGCACUUCCGAAGCUAGCAUCAUUGUCCCCAAAGUGUUUGCCUUCCAAUUUACGAUCACUUUUUGUUGAUGUUGGAAUACUUUCAUCUAUGUCUAAACAAGAGUUAGGUUUGGUAUUCCAAAGCCUCACUUCUCUGUCACAUCUUUUAUUUAAGGGUCUUAAUGAUAAUGAUCUUAUUAACACUCUUCUGAAGGAGCAAUUACUGCCUACUUCUCUCAAAAUUCUGAUCCUACACAGUUUUGAUGGAUUAAAGUUGUUGGAAGGAAAAGGGCUUCAAAAUCUCACUUCUCUCCAACAGAUGUACAUGUACAAUUGUCCAAGCUUUGAGUCCUUACCUGAAAAUCAGCUGCCAUCCUCUCUUGUAGUACUCAGUAUGCGGGAGUGUCCUUUACUGGAAGCAAGGUAUCAAAGUCAGAACGGGAAAUACUGGUCUAAGAUUGCUCACAUUCCUGCAAUCAAGAUAAAUGAAAAAGUGAUAAUAUGAGCUAUUGCAUAAAUAAGAAUCAUCUAAAGUUGGUAGCUGAGAUGAGACAUACAGUGGGACUCAUAUUUCUUUGUAUUUGCUUGCUGAGAUGGUACCAAGCUCAACAUUUCCUCUAUAACACUGGUAAUUGGUUAAACUAAACCUGUAAUGUGUUAAGGUUAUUGUCAUGUUAGAUGGUUUUCUUGUGGUGAACUAUUUGUAAAAUCAGAAUGUAUUGGUUUAUAUUUAUAUAAGAGUUAAUCACCUAUACACUGCCAGUAUAAAAUUUUUUUACAUUAGCAACCAAUUAUAUCUUUUAAUUGUGUCAUGUCACUAUAAACACAUUUACUUUUAACAAUGACAUGGCAUAAUUAAAAGAUAUAAUUGGUUGCUAGUGUAAAAAAACUUUACACUAGCAUUGUAUGGGUGAUUAACUGUUUAUAUAAAUUCACCAUGUUUUUUUGGGAUUAUCCAAACCGUUAUAUGCAUUAUGCAUAUCAGAAACUGGAUAUUAGGUAUGACACUUCAACGGUGGAUUAUAUUAGUGUUUGAUGCUCUAUUUAUUGCUUCUUAAACGAGUUUAUGCUCUGGUUUUGCUGAUUCCUUUGUAAGCUUACAUUGGUGACUUAAAUACAACUCUGGAAUUUAUGUAUUA